AUGUCGUCCUCUGCUCAUGGGUUGUUAUCCUUUCUUGGUCUCGACGACGAUAAUGACCGUCGUGAUCAACCUUUCGACUCGAACUCAUCUACUUCCCCCGACAACUCUCCCUCUUCAGCCCCAGCCGACGGCGUAGGAGCCAUCGUCUCUUCUGUGGUGCCCACAACUCAACCUCAACCAACGACCGACCCCGCUACCACCUCUGCCGCCCCCACUCAGGAUCUUACGACUGCUCCCACCACUUCCCCUUCUCCGACUCCUUCCCCAGAGCCCACGACUCAAACUCCGGCCUCCGAGCCAGCAACGAUAUCCAAAGCUACCCCGACGCAGGACAGCAAACCUACGACCUCCCCUCCGCCGGAAUCGCAACAGCAAACGACCCAAGAGUCUGCUAGUCCUGCGCCAGAGACAAGCACUCAGCAACAGCAGCAGCAGCAGCAGCAGACACAGCCACAGUCAACCCAAACAUCCACACAGGCUGCCGCGUCCGAUGCCAAUGAAGCGAGUCCCAACCCGACUACUAGCGUCGCUGCCACAUCUUCUUCGGCGACAAGUGCACCCGCUGCCAACAACGCGCCAACGACCAUAUCUGUUGCCACUACAGGGCGCGUGCAAACGCAAACGAGUACCGAUGCGAAUGGUAGAGUUUGGACAGUGACAGUGCCGGUCCGGAAUGGAGCUACGGACGGCGCCUCCACUGAAUCAGAUGAUACGACUUCUGGUUUCUUUGGAAAUACUGGAGCCGUUGCGGGUGUCUUUGUCGUGCUGGGACUUCUUGUUGCUGGUGUAGCACUCGCCAUUGCGAUCAUUCUCUACCGUCGUAAACGCAGUCAGCGAUUAGACCGAGAGGUCGAUUUUGUCGCUUCAAACCGUUCACAUCGUGACGACGACGAAAAGUCUACAGGUGCACGAUCGACGUUCAUGGAUGGGCCUUACAUUGGGGAUCUGCACCAGGCUCCGGCGCAGAGCGCUGGCACGUAUGCUUUCGAUGAUCCAAGUGGAGGCUACGAUUCAUACGCUUUGAACCUGCCAUCUCAAAAUGCACUCGGAGGAGGCGAUCGGAUGUCCACAGUCACCAAUGCCGGCAUGGCUGGAUUUGGAGCUCAAUCUGCUGCCGCGGCUUACAACACGACGUAUCCGGCACAACCUGAGCCGACAUUAAAUUAUGCGGCUUCCGGAGAAGGCUACGAAGAGCUCAACUCGCCAGUGGACGGUACGUUCCGCUCGGGAAGUCGAACUGGCUAUGCUGUGACGACGGACUCGCAGCCACCGGCAAAUCAGGGCUACUACUUUGAUCCGAGGCAGGCGGAUGAAUUCCACGAGGAUCAGGACGAAAUCUUACAGUAUCCUCAGCGGGCCCACAGACCAGAUAGCAGCGGGAGUGUCGUGCGAGAUCUAGUCAAUGACAGAGGAUUGACGGUGACGAAUGUGUGA